ACAGUGCUCCGUUGCUGCCAUCCCCAUUGCUGCCCAGACGGCUGGACUAUGCGGCCACGAUUCCUUUAGCACCUGUAUGGUCAGAUGCGGUGGCCCCGCCAUGUCCCGCUGGACGCGGUUCUCUUCCAGGAGAUCGCAGCGACGCUUUCCGUUCUCCACCCGUUUCGCGUCGACGCGACGGCGGGUUCGUUUGCGGUGCCGCCUCAGACUCUCUUUGUCAAUCCAGAUUCCACACCUCCGUUUGAUGAUGUGGAUGGCUCAGCGGCACUCGGCGGCACACCGUGUUCGGGCGGCAACGACAUCGUGCGAGUGUGUGUGCUGGACGCGUGUCGGAGACGGUUGUACGCUCUCCACGACGCUAUGGCCGGUAUGGGUGACCAUUGCGGACCAGUCAGCGACGUUAUUGAUCGGCUGCUGCACUGGUCCUUGCCUGCCAUCCAAGCGGAGUUUGGAGACGAGGUAGGAGAUGGGAUUUCUUCUUCGUUGCCAUCUCGGGUGUGCGGUCGAGAUUUCACGUUGCGUUAUAUGCCAGGCGUUCCAGUGUUGACUACGGUCAGGGGGGUUCGCAGGGUUCAGCGAGCCAAGGGUUGGGGCAUAAAAUAUUGCGAGUUUGCCAUUGACACUGUGAUGCGCCGUGGUGAGCCAGUGACAUUGAUGGUUGAUGGUCGAUAUGACUCUGCCAGAGGCGCGCAGCAUUGCAUUGUCACCGCGAUGGAGUACGAGACUCGGCUUGUUGUAGGUGUGCACACUCUCCGUCCGAAGAUUGAAGGCAAGGCAUCGAAUGCGCUUGAGGUGCCAGCCGUCGUGCAACUUUUGCGAGGGCUGAUUGACAAGGGGUUGAAGAUCCGGUGCGUUGUCGCGGAUGAUUGUGCGCUGGGACCGAAGUUGCGAGCUAUGAACAUCGAGUGGCACAAGGAUUGGCAGCACAAAAUAAAAAAUAUUCGAAAACACUUUCACAGUAUGCUGCAACUGAAGGAAGCGAAGAAAGUGAGCAGCCCGCACGACUGUGUAUCAGAGGCGCAGUUCAUACAGUUCACGAAGAAGCGGCUAAAGGAGGCGUUGGAACAACUUUUUGGACUUGACGUCCUCACACCUGCUGAGGAGCGGCUAAAGAAAUCGGACUUCGCCGCUGUCGUUAUGCGAAAGAUGUACCCCUACGGAUCGAGGUUGAAUGCUCGAGCGUUGGAGACUGAUCCAGACGGCUUGACAGAGUAUCAUGCGCAUGAGGUUGGGAUGUGGUUCCUCCACGCUUGACAGCUGUGCAGGGAGGAGGGCGGAGACGCCGAUAGUCUACACCGCGACAUCAUGUUGGCCGCCGAUCAUUGGGCUGGUGAUCAUUCGGGAUGUGUGGAAAGUAGGGAGGUUUUGUGCGAGAAGGCCGGGGGGUGUGCAUGAUUGCCUUUGUAUAGCCGCACGGACAAGGUCUACGAGCUCGUUCUGCGUGUUCUCGAUAAACAAUGCAGCACUAA